AUGCGCGAUUGGUAUUGGAUCGUUUCGGAAACUGGAUACGUGCUCGAUGUUGCUGGAUUUGGAACAGCACCAGGAACACCCGUAACCUUGUAUACUCUUAAUAAUCAACUUCGACCUUUUAAUCAACUUUGGAGAUUGGAUGGCAAAUAUAUUGUUAGUAAACAAACUGGAUUUGUAUUGACAUUAAAGGGUUGUCCGAUUAAUGGUUCAACUUUUGUGAUUAGACCAAAGAAUCCCAGCGAUAAAGGUCAAAUAUGGACAUAUGAUCCGAAUAACUAUACAUUAACUAGUGCUCUUCCAUUUUAUGUCGCAACUGUAUUGAAUACUACUAUAAAUAUUAUAUCUAAUCCAAAUGCAUUGGGUUUGAAACAUCUUGAAAAUCCCGUCCAUAAAUCGCAGAAAUGGAUUUUUGUUAAAUGUUCAGGAUUUAUUGAAGAAGUUAAUGAGACAGAAUUUGUAGACAGAUCUAAAAUUUAA